AUGACUCUGACGCAGAUUCCCAAAGUCAAGUCUUUCGAGACGCGCCUUUUCAUCAAUGGAAAGUUUGUGAAUUCAUCAGAUGGAGGAACAUUCCCUUUAAUAUCUCCAACAACGAAUGAGAAAUUUGCUGAAGUAUCCGAGGCAACGGAGGAUGAUGCAAAUGCAGCCGUUGCUGCUGCUAAAGCGGCUUUUCCAGCCUGGUCUGCUCUGUCUCCACGAGAGAGAGGGUCCUAUCUCAAAAAGCUGGCCUCGCUCUGCUUCGAAGCCCACAGUGAGCUAGCCGAACUAGAAGCACUUUCCAUGGGUCGUCCCGUAUCGGGUUAUUUUGAGUCUUUUGCUGCCUCCGACGCUCUCAAUCACUAUGCGGAGUCUGGCUAUCAAGCUCUGGGAACAUCGAGUGUGAACACUCCCGGAUUCGUCAAUAUGACCCUACGCCAGCCAUACGGUGUUGUCGCCGCUAUCAUUCCUUGGAAUGUCCCAGUCUUGUUUUUGAUUAAUAAAGCUGCACCGGCUCUGAUGACUGGAAACACUGUGGUUGUAAAGAGCAGUGAGAAGGCCCCCCUUACGUCCGCUAAGAUUGCGACCCUUAUUGAAAAGGUCGGAUUCCCACCUGGUGUAUUCAACAUCAUAUCUGGACACGGACAAAUCAGUGGAAAUGUUCUAUCCCAUCAUAUGGACGUCCGUGUGAUCAGCUUCACAGGAUCCGGUAGAACUGGCCGUCUCAUUCAAGCUGCGGCCGCCAAAUCCAAUCUUAAGAAUGUCAUUUUGGAGCUUGGCGGCAAAUCCCCGGCAGUGAUAUUCGAAGACGCCGAUAUCGAAAAAGCAGUCAAAGAAACCAAGCAUAGCAUUCAGUGGAAUAGUGGUCAGGUUUGCAUGGCCAACUCCCGUAUCUAUGUGCAGGAGUCUAUUGCAUCAACUUUCAUCGACCUAUUCCACAAGAGCUUCGCCGAUGUUCAAAGUGGCGAUCCUCUACUUCCAGACACGAAUCAUGGUCCGCAGGCGGAUGAAAUGCAGUUCAAGCAAGUACAAGCCUACAUCAAGGAAGCUAAGACAGUGGGGAGGAUGACUCUUGGAGACGAGCCAUCUGGACAUCAGACUGGGUUCUUCGUGCAACCUACCGUGUUUUUAGAAACGCCAGAAAACACAAGGGUGAUGAAGGAGGAGAUAUUUGGCCCGGUGGUACAUAUUAACACCUUCCGUGAUGAGGAGGAGGUUAUCGCCAAGGCGAAUGACACGGAAUUUGGGCUAUAUGCUUCGGUAUACACAAAUGACAUCAGCCGUGCUCUGAGAAUGGUGAAGAAGUUCGAAUCCGGGACUGUUGGGGUGAAUUGCACCAGCCCAACUAGUGCUCACGAUAUGCCGUUUGGAGGAUACAAAGCCAGUGGGAUUGGCCGGGAAGGUUGGACGGUCAGUAUGGAUAAUUACUUGGAAACUAAGACCGUUUUGAUACGGGUUUCAUCUUUAGGGAGCUAA